AUUGUCACUCUGUGCUGGUAACUGAAAGGCAAAAAGGAGAGAGAAUGGAGCCAAGAUCCACAAAAACAAACUCUGCGCGGAGGAUUCUCUUUGGUUCUGUGGACCCCAGUCAGCUGCAGCAGGACUUCCAGUGCAUGUUGCAUGCAAGCAUGGAGAAGGCCAAGCAAAAGUGGAACUUUGACUUCUUGUGUGAGAGGCCAGCAGAAGGUCUUCUGCAGUGGGAAGUGCUGCAGGACGAGGAGGUGCCAGCGUUUUACCGCACUGGUGUGGUAGGGGAGGCUCGUAAACCCCUGCAGCCUGUGAACCGGAUGGUAGCCAAGGAAGCCCAAACUUACCACACAAUAAAACUGAUAGAGAAAGCCAGACCUGCCAAGAAGACAGGAGGGGAAAAGAGCCAAGCAAGAAAGAAGCAAAGACAGACAUCUUUGACGGAUUAUUACAUCACAAAGAAGCAAGUGAGAAUGGAAAUGCAAACUCCUGAAAAGAAAGUGGCCUUCUAGAAAGGAGCAUUGUUAGCAUAAGGGUAAAUGUUCAAAAUACUGUGUAUGAACACAUUGUAAAUGCCAUCAUAUGGCUGUUCAGAGUGUAUGUUUUUUUAAAACUUACAUGUAUUGACUUUCCAGCUUCAGCUUGACAGUCAGCAAUGGUAGAGGGAGUCAGAAGAGCAAAGCCGGUGUUUCAGGCCCUUCUUGCCCAGUUAAAAAUACAGCCCCUGUUAAAAAUUGGUUGCUGAUGCUGUGACAAUUAAAGUAGCUGAGCUUGCACAGAGAAUAGGAAGUGAUGCCUGUGGCAUUACACUUGUGUAAAUCCAGUUACCUCAGCUAAGAAUCUGCUAGCCAGUUGUCCAUCUGGAAGGGUAUGUUUUUCACUGUCGCCCCAAUUGAAGUGUCCAGGUUUUGUGGCAGGUUCCUCCUGUUCAGAUCGUGGUCCGAUGUGCUCUUGGCAAGCCAGUUUCUCACCUCGGCAGGGUGCCAGGAGGUCUCUCAUCUAAGCAGAGAUUACAGCAUGAAGCAGAGAGCAACCAUGUGGUCCCAUUCUUGUUGGUAUCUCCGUGUGGCCCUUGUAAGUGGCCCUAAGGGACGUUUUAAGCCUGUGCUGCUGGUUGUGCUUCACAUUGACACCGCAAUCUGGUUGUCGGAGGUGCUGGGCUUCAAAAUGUUCAGUGUCUUGAAAAACUAAAUGUUGGACUAAAUGUGCAGGAUUAUCAAUAAUGUCAAUAGGAUAAAAUCUAAUGUUCUGAAACUUUGCUAAUUAUUUCUGUCAGUUAAAAAAAAUCUCUGUGCCUCAAUGACAUUUUAGAUAUCCAUAGUUUGCAUUCAUAAAAUGGGUGUGCAUUGCGGUCUGCUCGGUCCUUGGCCGGACCGCUGUUUUCCUUGUCCUCAGCAAGCAAUCAAAAUGAGAGGUUAAGUCCUUGGGGUGAACAUCAUGCAUGUCUAGAAGGCUGGGUUUGGCCACAGGUUACCUAGUCAUGUUGACCGUAUCAAGGGAUGAGGUUACAUAUCAGAACUUCCCAUCAACAUUCUUCACCACCACCCCAAAAAGCAAAAACAUACCGCCUAUCUGAAAAAUAUCUUUUUAUGAAUGGGAGGUACACUGUUCAAGCUCUUUUAAAGCUGUCUCAUAAAGUAUUUUCAGAUGUAAGGCAGAGAGAAAAUUGCACUAGGAAUUAAUCAUGAACACUGUGCUACAUAACUAGACCACUGAUACUCCUGACCUCUGUGGUAGAAUGGCAGAUCUACGUAUCUUCUUAGCUGGCAGCCAAGUUCUCCCACUCAGAGAAGCAUGUGCUCCUGUCUUUGAAAAUGGGAAAGAGCAUCACAGCCUGCUCUGGGCCUUGUUUCUGUCUUUUUGUCAGCACAAAAACCAACUCUGAAAUCUCUUUCUGUUAAAGACCCUGGCUGCAACUGAGGCAGCUCUAAGAUGGAAUAUUUUUCAACAUUUGUUGUCUUCAGGAUAAUCAAAGAAUUUAAGCAGUGACUUUGCAAAACUAUCACAUCUGCUGUGUCAGGACUUGCUUAUUUCCAUUUAUAUUUGUUAGUGUAGAUAUGCGUCUAAAGCAUCUGCUACUAACAGGAUUUUUUUUUAAAAAAAUCUUUGUUAAUAGGUGAAAUCAUUCUGUUUGUUGUUAAGUUCUUGUGCCUUUUUCUUCAAUUCAGUUCACCAAUCUAAUGAUUAAUUUGGGUCAGCACAGUUCAUCCUGCUGUCCAGAAAGGUUUUUAUGAUGUUAAAAUCAACGCUGCUCUGGGGGGAAUUUGCUUUUCUUAGCUUGGACUGUUGUUGUAAUAUGGUUCAGCAAAUCAGCCUCAUCAGUAUUUAUUAUAUCAUUUAGUUAUACAUGGUGGAUGUUUGCAGUGUUAUCAAUAAAAUCUGGUUUCUACAGAUGGCU